GGGUGUUUCCAGUUCACAAAUUCGUCAGCUUUAGACGUGGGUUUGUUUUGUUUGUUUUCCUCUACAAAUUUCACGUAAAUACACGCUUUUUAAGAGCGUCGCUUAUGAAUAUCAAAUCACCUGCUGUGUGUGCCAGGUGACAUUAAGUGCAGUGCCAACGGAGACGCAUUCGUCUAAAAAAUAUCGAGGCAAACCAAAAAAUUAAUAAACAAAAUGCGUCGAAAUGUGCGACACCAGGAGCACAACUGGGAGGAUGGCAUGGAUGAUAUGUUCGCCAGGCCCGUCCACGACGAGAAUGAAUAUGUGGAUCUGGUGCAGAUCUCCAACAGAUCCAGCAACGGCCACGCUAAACUGAACACCCUGGAGGUGAAAGUGCAGGAGGGCGAUACGUUGCAGGCACUGGCACUUCGGUUCCAUUGCUCCGUGGCAGACAUCAAGCGCUUAAAUAAGAUUGACCGUGAGAAUGAGAUUCACGCACGUCGAAUUAUUCGGAUUCCAGUCACAGUGCACAAUGUUUUAUUGGGUAGCAAGGAUCCCGAUGCAUUGCCCGCCAUCCACCGUAGUGGCAACAACAGUCCUAGGCACAAUUUGGAGAAGGAGCCGGAAAUUGAGCGGAAUCCUCUGGAAGAUGCACGUUUAAUGCUGGACGAGCGACUGUUGGUGGCUGCAGUAAAUGCUUCGGUUGCGGUAGCUGGUGAGGAUCAGCCCGCAACAAGAAGAGAUGCAAGUAAAUUCUAUGAUGGCUCUCAUGGCUAUCCAGACGAUGAGAGCAAAAUGGAGCAUCCUUUGGACGACAAUGCAGCCUUGCUGGACGACAUGCUGAUAGACAGGCAUGCGCCAAGGGUUCGGCCCAUACCAGGUCCAUCGUUGCGGGCAAUUGAUUGGUCUGGUUCGGAUUGCGACAUGUCCUGGAUAUGCCUGCUGAUCUUUAUUCUUGCACUCUGUGUUGUUAUACCAUUGGUCUAUGUCAUCUAUCUGGCGGAGCAUCCACAUCACACCCACAGCUCUCCCUAGUUGCUGAUGUGAUCAUCAUUCCAAAUGUGCUAAUUGAAAUGAUAUGAUAGGAAACCACAACUCCACAACCACACACACUCUCUUUGCUCCAAAAAAACGCAUUUUGAAUGCAAUUGAGAGCAGUAGAAUUUAUUUUUUAUAUAAAUAUACAUGAAUAGAAAUAAAAUACCAAUUGUGACUUGUACAAAUCUAAUAAUAGACAUGAAAGAAUAUUUAAAUUAUUUAUUAAUGUCCCCACUUUCAAAAUUGUGUUAACUUGAAAAUCAUUGAAAUUAUUUAACGAAACCAAACUAAUCUCAACUGGCAGCCCUAUAGACAGUUAGAACCAUGUAAUAAAGCUGUGAACAGGUAAAAAUAAAUAG